AUGCGCGCUUCCUUUGCCAAUGCAUAUAACAGCACAUCAAUAGCUCUGAUGCCCAAGCAAGCCAAGAAUGCUGAGGAUACUAACUAUGGUGACAAUAAAAAGGCCAAGAAGGAGUGCUAUAGCAAGAUGAGGUACAGUACCGUCACCUCUUGGCUUGCCACUUAUAGGCAGUUUUGCUAUAGUUCUAUGACUAAGCCUGCCACAUACAGUCUAAUGCAUCAACUGCAAACUGCCGCCAAAAUUCUCAUCAACGCUAGCAACUCGCAGCUAAUGAAAUACCUACAAAAGACAUUCUAUUUGGAAGGUCUUCUUGCAGACAAUGUCAUUGUCUAA